AUGGUGAUGGAGGACACCUUGCUGGCUAACGGCUGCGCACAUGGUGAUAUUCCCUCCACGCUGUCCAGGGACAUUCACAAUGGCACGGUGACCAAUAAUGUUCCAUCCUCGUCCCCUUCUUUUGGCUUGGUUGAAGCCAGCCUCAUCAACGCGCUGUGUACUCAGGACAGUGAGGGUGUGAGAUUCAGCACAGGCCAGGACCAGAGACUGGCUGUGGAAGGCCCCAUCCCCCCCAUGCAGUUCCCUGCCUUCCAGUGGACUAGACAUUCAGCCACCCCUGGCUCUAGGGAACAGGACAUGGGCUCCCUGCGCGUCACCAAGCGCCACAGGAAACUACUGAAAACCAGCCCUGUGGUCUCUAACAACUCACUCAACUCCUCCUCGUCCUCCUCGGGUUCCCCGGACUCUCCUGAGGAGAGCUGGCAGUGGCACAGACUGUCCCACAUCCAGGAAGCUCGGCGGAGGCUGAUGAAGGAGGUCUGUGCCAAGUACAAGAGCAGCAUCUCCAGGACCAUCACACCUCACCACGUGUCCCGGAUCUAUGUGGAGGACAAGUACAAGCUGCUGUACUGCGAGGUGCCCAAGGCGGGCUGCUCCAAUUGGAAGAGGAUCCUCAUGGUGCUGUCUGGCCUGGCGUCGUCCACCCACGAGAUCAAACAUGACGCCGUCCACUACGGCAACCACCUCAAGAGGCUGGACAGCUUCGACCGCCAGGGCAUCACGCAGCGCCUGGAGACCUACACCAAAGUCCUGUUUGUCCGCGAACCCCUGGAGAGGCUGGUGUCCGCCUUCAGGGACAAGUUUGAGAACCCCAACACCUACUAUCAUCCUGUAUUCGGGAAGCCCAUCAUCUCCAAGUACAGGGUAAACGCCUCCAAGGUGGCCCUCAGGACAGGCAGCGGAGUGACCUUCCAGGAGUUCAUGCAGUAUCUGUUGGAUGUGCACAGGCCUGUGGGCAUGGACAUUCACUGGGAGCCUACCAGCCAGCUGUGCAGCCCUUGUCUGCUGGACUACAACUUCAUCGGCAAGUUUGAGACCAUGGAGGAGGAGGCUAAUUUCUUACUACGUAGAACUGGUGCCCCGCAUAACCUCACCUUCCCCAGGUUUAAAGACAGGAACCCCAAGGCUGAGAGGACUUCAACUCAUUUAACCCAUCGCUACUUUGCACAGCUCAGCACUUCACAGAGACAGAGAGCUUAUGACUUUUAUUACAUGGACUACCUUAUGUUUAACUACUCCAAACCUUUUAAAGAUUUGUAUUGA